AUGACUUUAUAUCAGUACCUGAAGAAUAUUCUUCAUGUUUUUGGACGCCUUCACUGGUUUUUGACGGCAGCACUCAAAGAGAAACAAUACUUGAGCCCAAAACUGUCAUUAAAAUCAAAAGAGACAACGCAUUCUUUCAAAGUUAGUUGUCAUAUGAAUCUGCAGACCUAUCCAAUGGAUAGACAUACGUGUCAGUUCAACAUUCGCACCUUUUCAGAACCCAUUGAAAGAAUCGGUAAAUACAAGAAACAAAUAAUCAAAUGGUUUAAUGAAAACUAUACGGUUCUUGACUUGGAGUUCAUAUUUGAGCGAAGAAUCACAGCUAAUGUGCUAACCGUUUACAUUCCCAGUUCACUAGUGGUCACACUCUCGUGGAUUCAGUUCUGGUUUGAUGUCGAGGCUGUUCCCGGAAGAAUGUCUUUAGGAAUUAUGUCGACUUUAACUAUAAUGACCCAAAUAUUGACUAACUAUGAGAAGGCAGCCAAUCACGUGACAGCAGUGGACAUUUGGCUUCUGGUUUGUCUAAUAAUGGUAUUCUUGGCGCUCAUGGAGUAUGCUUUUGCUUAUACUAUAUCUCAUUACUACGACAUCGACGGCAACUUGAAGGCCAAGAAUUCAUUUAAGAAGAAUGUAAGUCUAAUAUUACAUGAAUUUCGCGCAAACAAAAUCAGGACAUCAAAUGCCAAUCAAAGCGACACUCUGGAGGACAUCAACAAUGAUAACAAAGAAAGUCAUUUAUUUACCAGAAAAAUCACAAAAGACAACACUAUUAACGAUAACAAAGAAGUCUUUCUUAAAGACGAAAAUAGGAUAAAGUCUUUGCAAGAAUUAUCGGAAGUCAUUCAUAGUCUCAUCAAAUCAUUUGGUGAAAUGAAUAAUAAAUUAGAGGCAAACUCCAUUACAUGGCUUAUGAUGUUUGGCUUAACAAAUGGUUAUAUCAGUGGUUAUCGGAUAUUAUCAGUUAGUGACCCGACAUUUGAAUGCUCUCCCUGUGCCAGAACCCGACUCAUCGGUUGCUUUAACGGCAGUUGUAGUUAUCGGUGCUAUAGAAGCUGUAAUAAUGGCACACAUAGUUAUAAUGAGGCGCAAAGAUUUGUCAUUGUGGGCACAAAAUGA